GAGUAAACAUUCAACUUGUGCCGUUGCACCGCUGAUGUUUUUAGGGGUGUGUGGAGGAGAAACCUGUCCAUCUCGUCGUAGCUGAAUUCCCCAUUGCUAUAUCACACACACACACACACACACACACACACCAUGCACAGGAUUCUACCUAGAACCCAAUUUAAUUUCCGGUUCCUCCAGAGAGACGGCUGAAGAACCAGUAAGGGAUCUAAAAAACUUUUUCCCCACACAUGAGUGACACGGUCGGAGGAUGUGGCUGGACCACUGUUUCCUCUGAACUCUGAAAAGCUUCUAAUUAUUCAGAUUAUUAGAUUAAUUGUUGUGGAUUCAGUAAGACGUCUGUCUCUCACCUUCACACCUCAGAGAAGAUGAACAGAUCAGCAGCACGUGUCUGGACCUGCCUGCUCCUCACCUGCUUUCUUUACAAGACGCAUGGAAAAAUUCAAGAUGUUCAUGUGACCUGUCAGUACUCUGAGGACUGUGUGCUUCCCUGCAGCUUCACCCCCUCGGGCAGGGAGGAGAUCCGCUGGUUCAGACACGACCUCCUCAUUUACAGCCAGCCACAGAGCGCAAACUUGAACAACGAGCUUUUCACGGGGAGGACGUCUGUUCUGGCUGGUGAGCUGUCUCUGGGGAACGCGUCACUCCUCCUGCAGCGCUGUGGGCUGACAGACAGAGGGCGCUACAGGUGUCAGGUCAGAACAGGGGAAAAAAAAGACGACUUCUUCAUCGUACUCAAAGUGGAAGCUCCUAUCCGCUCGGUGAACCUGGAGAUCACUCGUCUGAGCGGUUACGAGGAGGUCAAGUGCUCCACGUACGAGGUGUACCCCGCCCCUCAUGUCUUCUGGUCCACCGAUCCGCCCAUGCCCAUGGAGAAGCUCAAAUACACGACUAGAAAAAUGGCCGAUAAGGACGGUCUGUACGUCAUUGAGAGUAAACUGAAGAGGCUGGGGCAGAGGAGUGACCUCACCUACAUCUGCACGGUCAACUCGUCUUCUGCAGCUCAGAUGUGGACGGCGUCGCUCACUGAGACAGUUCACAACAACCUCACGUUCUCAUCAAAGCUCUACUCGUUCUCCAGCUGGAUGGAAAUCAGCUCAGGUGAAGGUCAGGACAUCACCAUCCCCUGCAGAAGCCCAUGGACCCUGCAGAACUUCACACUGACCUGGUCCUUCACCAGAGCGGACACGUCCACCAUCAUCUGCACAUACGACAGCGAGACGCAGCUGAUCUCCAACCUCUGGAACGGCACGGCGUGGCUCGAACCCCAGAGCGUACAGCGAGGCGACGGAUCCCUGCGACUGCUCGCUGCCCAGAGCCUGGACCACAUGGGAACAUACACAUGUAACAUCUCAGCGUUCCAGAGGAACCACAUGGGACAAACCAGGGUCAACAUCACCUCACGGACGUCUGAAGAAGACAAGAGGAUGCUGAGCUCCAGGCCCUGGUGGAUUCCUCUCGUCGUCGUCAUUGCUCUGAUCGUCAUCAUUACAGCUGCUGUAGUAGGAAUCGUGAAAUUACAAAAAAAGUGCUCAAACAAAGUGACCAAAAGCACAGGAACAGCCAAAUAUUCCAAAGAGGUUAAAGUUUCUGUAAACCAGAGUGAAGAAAUCGCAGAAGGAAGUGGUUUAACAUCUGAGCGAAAUAAAGAGGACAUGUGAGGAGGACAGGGGUGUUUCUACAAAAACACAUCAGAGAAAAUCACACAGAGAGCAGAAGCUGACCUGCAUCUGGACGAUCGCUGCUGGACUUUCACCUUUAUUUGAGAUGAUGAUGAUUUUUUUUUUCUCUCUCAUGUUGUUCAGAGGUCUGAGAUGCGAUGCUGUCGGUGUAUUCGGGUCACGCUACAGCUUCAGAACAUCUCCAUGACGUGAACUUUACACCGGUUACUGAAUCACACUGAAAUCACAAUAAACUUUAUUUUUUAA